CGUCAAUCCAUCGCCCUAAUCUCUAAUUCUGCUAAGCUCGUCGCCGACGGAAGGAAAACUCCCGCUCAUGAAAUUCACCGGAAGAGUUCUCCACCCACGCCCUAAUUUUCCUUCGCCAAUCCACCGGCGGAAUACUCUGUCCAGCUGACGAAGUUCUCUACUCCACAUCCGUUGUUGUGGCACUCAAGGACGAAGAAGAAUGCACAUCUUUGCCCCUAGCCCAAUUGCAGAUCGUGGCCAAUAGGAUGACUUGCCCGGCGACGGGAUUGGUAUUAGCAGGGAUACGGUGAUGGGAUUCCUUCUUCCUCCUCAAGCUCGCCAGAAACAGAGGUUGGCCGUGACGAAGACGAAACUGAAUCCGACGGAUGCGACCUUCUCCUUCCUCCUCGGCUCGGCAGCAGAGUCUCGGCGGCAGAGGUUCGACCUUCGUUCUUCUCGCGGUGGCUGGGUGCGCCGUGGCGUCCGGUUUGGUUCUCUUGCCUCGGAGCCGCCGACUGGCUGGGCAGAGAAUGGAAUCGGAGGGCGGCGGCAGCUUUUCGUCGGAAGCAGAGCAAGGAGGCACGGAACUGAUGGGGGUAAGGGCGGCGUUGAUUGCCGGGGAAAGGGCGGCGGGGAAGCGAAAGAAGGAGGAGGGGCUGGCGGGUUAGGGCUGUGAUUGUCAAGGGCAAUAUCGUCCGUUCAGAACAGCUUAGGGCGAUAAUUUUAAAAAUUUAGGGCGUCGAUUAGAAGUUCAGUUAAAUUUGGUAUGAUCCAUGUUUGAAAAUGUUAAUAGGUUCAUUGUGAUAUGCAUGGUUCAAAAAGACACGCUUAACAUUACGCUUAGGCACGCUUAGGCGCAAGGCAAUGGAAAAUGCCUCGCUUAGGGGUUUCGCGCCUAAUUAGAUACUGGAACACGUCAAUGCAGUAAGGCGACACAUAAAGUCUCUCCUAAGCAUUACUAGAUGAAGCUAGUAAGUAAAUACUAAAGACCAAAUUUAAUAUCAACUACGAAAUCAAUUUUCUAUUGCAAU